AUGGCGCUCAGCCCCGCCGGGCGGGCCGCGCUGCCGCUGCACUCGCCGUGGACCUUCUGGCUGGACAAUUCAGCGGACACACUGUCCAGGCACGGUCGGUGCAGGUCACUUCCUGGUACAACAGCAGCUGAAUGUGCAUUAAAUUUGAAGAAGAUUUAUACAGUACAAACAGUGCAGGAUUUUUGGAGUGUGUACAACAACAUUCCUCCCGUGACAGACUUGCCUCUGAGGUGGAGCUACCAUUUAAUGCGGGGAGAAAGGCGCCCGCUUUGGGAAGAAGAAAGCAAUGCCAAAGGAGGUAUAUGGAAAAUGAAGGUCCCUAAAGAAAGUACGGCUGCAGUUUGGAAAGAGCUACUGCUAGCAACUAUUGGAGAGCAGUUUACAGAUUGCUGUGCAGCAGAUGAUGAAGUAGUAGGGGUUAGUGUCAGUGUUCGUGACCGUGAAGAUGUUGUGCAAAUCUGGAACAUGAACUCCUCUUCAGCAAGUGAAGCAAAAGUUUUAGAAAAGAUUCAUAAACUUCUCCCACACACGUUUUUUAAAGCGAUCUUUUAUAAAUCCCACAGAGAGCAUCAUGCUUUUGAAGGCUGA